AGACCGAAUUUGCUUGGUUAAUUGCGAAAUCUAAUCUCUCCUCUUUUCAUAUUACUCCAGAGCUUUAUUUUAUUUAGAAUACCGUCUUGAUGGCAGCAAAAUCACUUUUGACCAAAGAAAUUCUCCCCAGCGGAAAACACACUGCAACUGUAAUUUUUUUUCACGGAUCAGGAGAUUCAGGUGAAAACUUACUUCAAUGGAUUCGUUUUUUGAUAUGUCGUGAUUUUCAAUCGAGUUAUAUAAAAUUUAUAUUUCCAACUGCGCCCAUUCAACCGUACACAAAAUUGAAUGGAAGACCAUCCAAAAUUUGGUUUGAUCGACAAGCUAUAGAAAUUGAGUCAAUUGAGGACAGAAAGUCACUUUCGAAUAUAUUCCCCUAUGUGGCUGACUUAAUCAAGAAGGAAGUGGAACUGGGGAUUCCGUUGCAAAGGAUCGUCGUUGGUGGAUACUCCAUGGGCGGCACUUUAGCCAUCUACACUGGCUAUCAUUUGUUUCAAAAUGUUGCGGCUGUUUUUGCUUGUUCUUCAUUUCUAAACAAAGACGCCAUGUUGUUUGAAGAAUUGAAAUCGUGCAGAAAGUUUCAGCUUCCAAAACUACUUUACUUUCAUGGAACAGCUGACGAGCUGGUACGAUAUGAAUGGGGUCGAAAAACGUUUGAGAGACUAAAAGAACUGGGAGUUACUGGAGAAUUUCGAAGCAUUGAAAAUAUGUAUCAUGAAAUUCAGAAGCAACAAUGUCUGUAUUUGGAGAAAUGGUUUCAUGAUGUAUUACCGUCUCUUGACGUUCACCUGAAAAAUAAAUUGUAACCAAACAUGUGUUUGGUAUAUGAAUAUAUAAUUACUUGUUGGCUGAAGGGA